GCAAAAUUGCAAAUUGCCUGCCGUGUAAUAAAUAGAAUCAUCAGAGUGGCUGGCUCCCAAGGGGAGGAGUUCCUGGGUUGCCGGCCUCAUCAGCAUCGCCAAGCACAUCUUCAUCUUCAUCUUCAACUUGCUCAUCAUCAUCGUCAUCAUCAACAUCAUCUUCAUCAGCGAAAGGCAGCGAAAGGCAGCGAAAAGCAGCGGCAGCAUUAUUUUAAUUCACUUAGCAUCGCUGACGUUGGUUUUGUAUACACGCGGAGAAAAAGCUAGUUGAAUGCUGAAAGCAGAUCGGGCCUCAGCAUCAUCAUCAGCAUCAUCAUCAGCAUCAUCAUCAGAAUCAGCAUCAGAAUCCGAUCUCCAGAUGCAGAUGGACAACGAGAAUGAGAAAUCCCAACGAGGAGCGACGGCUGGUUGGUCAACAGCCGAGGGAUCCCCAACCGAUCUCCAACCGAUCUUCUCAAGAGCGGAUCACUGCGAGGACGAUAAUGAUAAUGAUGAUGACGCUGCGCCGAGUAACUCAAUCGCAGAAUCCCACAUGGUCACCCAGCUCCCAUCUCCAGAUCCAACUUGGCGAUGAGUCAAACAUGCACUUUAGUGGGCGUGGCGCACUUCCGCAAGUCAUUUGCUGCGGUUCUGGUGAGGAUCGGGGUGGUGG